CUUCUCUCCUACUCUUCUUUCCCUCCUCACCCUCAUCAUCAUUACACUCCGCAUCCUUAGCUCCUCUCUUCCUCUCUCUCUCUCUCUCUCUCUACCUCGUUUCACUCGUUUACGACCCGAGGUCUAGUCAUUCUUUUACUUGCUUUCGUCACUCGCUUAGUCAUGCGUCGCACGGCUCUCGUCUUCCUCCUGGGCAAGGUCGCCCUGGGGCAGAGCACUGCUCCGUUCCUGAACACCACCACUACCUCAUCCUCUCGGACCUCCUCGUUGAGCACUCUUCAGACCACCUCAACUGGCCAGACGACAAUCAGCAGCUUGACCACUUCUACCGGUGUGAGCACCACUUUGACGACUGAGAUCCCGAUCACGACUUCCGAUGAGGUUACGACCAUUGACACGACCUUCAGCUCCGACGAGCCUCCCAUCACCUCUGACGGGUCUCUGACGACCACGAUUGACACCUCUGCCACCACCACUGGCACCGGCACCACCGCCACUGGCACCGACACUUCCGCAACUUCGUCGUCCGCGACCCCGUCGGCCACCGUCAUCCCCAACCCAGGCAGCGUUGGCAACUUCUCUCUGCUUGGCUGCUUCGGCUCCACCACCGGUUUCCCUACCUUCGAGCUUGUCCUGUCUGCCGCUUCUAUGACCCUUGACCUUUGCGUCGCUUCCUGCCCUGCCGGCAAGCGCUACGCUGGUCUCUUCGGCUCCGACUGCUUCUGCGGUGACAUCGUCAGCGAUGCCACUGCUACCCGUGUCUCUGAGGACAAGUGCUCCAUCUCCUGCCCUGGUAACUCUGGCCAGCGCUGUGGUGGCCGCAACGUUGGUGGUACCCUCAAGCGCCAGCUCAUCUCUGCCGAGAUCCUGUUGACCAUCUACAUCCGUAUUGAUGGCGGUAUCGAUGCCACCACCACUGCCACCGUCACCACCACCUUCACUUCUGUCACCACUGCCACUGUCGAUGGUACCGCUUCCACCGGCGUCACCACCGUCACCACCACCUACUGCCCUCUGUGCCAGGACUGCCAGGGUCCCUUCUGCUACAAGCCUGCUCCCAACCCGUGCUCCAACGGCAAGUGCUUCGGUAUUCCCUGCUACGGUGAGGACUGCUACAAGAAGAUUGUGGCCUACGGCGACUACUGCGGAUACGACUACCCCUGCUACGGUGCCGACUGCCAGCGCCGUCUCGUCUGGAUCGAUGGCACCUGGUACCCUGAGGCCUGCUCCGGAUACGACUGCGGCCGCAAGAUCAAGUGUGUCUCCGGAAAGUGCGCCUACGUCGUCAAGGGCUCCGACUUCGACUCCGAGAAGAUUAUUUGCUACGGUAACGUCUGCAAGGUCGAGACCUGCUCCGGUGAUGAGUGCUACAAGAAGUAUGUCUGCAAGGACGACUCCUGCGUCUUCGAGUCCUGCUCGUACGCCGAGGCCAACAAGAAGUACGUGUUCAAGCACGACAAGUACAUCGAGGUCAAGGGCUGCAACGGCUCCUGCCCUAUUCCCCAGCCCCCCCACGUGGUCAUCCCCGUUCCUCCCGUCACCACUGUUGCUUGCGACGGCCCCACCUGCAGCACCCUUCUCAUCGCCCCCCCCGUCGUCACGGCCGGCACCAGCAAGUUCGCUGCCAGCUUUGGCGCUCUUGCCUUCAGCGUUCUUGCUGCCGCUGUCCUUCUGUAAGGGACUCGUCUGAGCACGGAUGGAUGUUCUCUUCUUUUGACUCUACUAUGGGUCUGUUAAUGGUUAUCAAGUGGUGG